GCAGGAGGCAAGUGCACUGGUAUUGGUGGGUGGGAGAGCCACACCGCGCCUGUAGUGAUUUUCUUGAUUACAUCAAUGAGAAGUUGGAUCCACGCCUACCUCCGGCUUAACUUAUGGCCUGCUUCUACAUAGUUGCAACUGCAGAUGGGUUAAGCCACCACAUGGAGUUUUCAAACUGAACACGGAUGCUGUGUUUAAUAGCAGAUGCGAAGUGGGACUUGGCUGCAUUUUUAGAGGCUGGAGUGGGAGAGUCAUCUUAGCAGUGAACAAAAAGAGUAUUCAGAGGCAGUGGUUGCCCGAGGUAGCCCAAGGGAUGGCAGUUGGGUAUGGACUUCAGAAGAUGAUGGAGGCUGGAGUAGGACCUGUUAUUGUUAAGACAGCAUGCACCACCGCUGCCCCAUAUAAGGGAAGUAGUUGAUAGCAAAAGCUUUCACUGAGAUUUACAGGAAAUCUAGUCUAUAUCAGUAUAAUAAAGACUUGAUUGAAACUCCAAGCCAGCCGAGUGAGGAAGCGAAAGAGUUGAACUUCCCAACGAAGUAUUCCCAGGCAUUCUUUAAACAGUUCUUGGCAUGCCUUCGGAAUCAGAAUUUGUCUUACUGGUGAAACUACACCGCAGUUCGCUUCUUCUACGCUGUCGUAAUCUCCGUAAUUCUUGGAUUCAUCUGCUGGAAAUUCUGCUCCAAGAGAGUGGUACUGCCAAGUUUCUCAAGGCAUUGAAGGAUAGCAAGGAUGCUGGAAGUGAUAACAAUCUAAUAGGUCAAUUUGGGGUCGGUUUUUACUCUGCUUUUCUUGUUGCAGAUCGGGUUAUUGUCUCAACCAAGAGCCCAAAAUCAGACAAGCAGUAUGUGUGGGAAGGAGAAGCAAAUGCUAGCUCCUAUACUAUAAGAGAGGAAACAGAAGCAGAUAAGCUCAUUCCUAGGGGAACCCGCCUUACUUUGUAUCUCAAGGAUCUUCUUGUUAAUCUAAGUUUAUGUGGCAUUUGCUGCCGAAAGUUGUUCUUGAUACAGCCA